UACCCCAGUACUUCCACUAUGAACUGAACAUAUGAAACCACAUUCAUACCUUUUGUCUACGGAAUCCUUUCUCCCUUUUUUACUCGGGUUUUGAUAUCAAUUCACUUUACUGCCUGCUAUACCGUCGUCUUUGCUCGUUUGAUACCACACGCAUUCCAGUUUCAGUUGGUGUUGAUGCUUUCAAGUUCGUCUGCUGGUUUUCGUUUUUUCUCUUCUUUUUUUUUUUUUUUUUUUUUUUUUUUUUUUUGCAUGUUGUAUUUAUACUUACUCACUCACGCUUGUUAUGUUGAUAUUUUGUUAUGUUGGUUUUGUUUCGAUCUGAUUCAAUUGAUGCCGCUACUGCAUUGCACUGCUGCUACUUUUACUGCUGCUGCGUUUAUCUGCUUUAGAGAGAUAAUUCAAUACCCACUACGUUGCGUGAACGUGAAUGUGAAUGUGAAUGUGAACGCAUGCCCAUCUCGCGUCUAUUCCCGUUGAUAGAUAGAUAGAUAGAACUCGCUGUGGAUGAUUGAAGCAGUACCUAGCUAUUCUACAGCUGCGUGUAGAAAUCCUAGUAGUAGUCAAG